GCAGCGGCGCGGGCCGGAGCGCAGCGCCGAUCGCGGCCCGGGCGCCAUCGAGCCUCGGCGGCGGACGUGCAGUUCGGGAAUGAGGCUCCGCGCAGUUCAGUAACUCGCCCAAGGUCACACAGCUAGAAGCUAACCUGGCUUUCAAAGCAGCAGGUGCUUCGGUCCACUUCGAAAACGGAAACAGCUGCUCCUCUGCUCUGGCCACCGCAGUGAAGUACCUGCCUCUGAGGGUCUGGCUGAGUGGCGGCACGGGCUACAGCUACGUGGGGGGUCACGGGCAGCGUGAUAGCGUCUGGCCUGUUUCCUCGAGGACCUCCAUGCGGGCCCAGAGCAGAGACUAAGCCACACACCUGGAGCCUCGGGUCCCAGGGGGCCAUGGCUCUGCUGCUCUGGACCCUGAUGCUCCUGGGCCUGGCAUGCCCUGGUGCGGGCCUGCGGUCCCGGAAGCCGCUGUUCUUCCGCAGCGAGACGGAGCUGAACCACCUGGCGGUGGACCGUGACACGGGCGUGGUGUACCUGGGUGCCGUGAACGCGCUGUACCAGCUGAGCGCCGACCUGCAGCUGGAGCAGCGCGUCAGCACGGGCCCCAAGAGGGACAAUAAGAAGUGCACGCCCCCUAUCGAGCCCAGCCAGUGCCACGAGGCGGUGGAGACGGACAACGUCAACCAGCUGCUCCUGCUCGACCCGGACGGGCAGCGGCUGGUGGAGUGCGGCAGCCUCUUCAAGGGCAUCUGUGCCCUGCGGGCGCUCAGCAACAUCUCCACGCGCCUCUUCUACGAGGAUGGCAGCGGAGAGAAAUCCUUCGUGGCCAGCAACGACGAGACCGUGGCCACCGUGGGGCUGGUGGCCACCAUGAAGGAGGACGGCAACAGGCGCGUGCUGUUCGUGGGCAAGGGCAAUGGCCCGCACGACAAUGGCAUCAUCGUGAGCACCCGCCUGCUCGACCGGGCGGAUGGCCGGGAGGCCUUCGAGGCCUACACGGACCACGCCACCUUCAAGGCCGGCUACAUGUCCAGCAACACGCAGCACUUCGUCGCGGCCUUCGAGGACCACGACUACGUCUUCUUCGUCUUCAACCAGCAGGACAAGCACCCGCCGCGCAACCGGACGCUCCUGGCACGGAUGUGCAAGCACGACCCCUUCUACUACUCCUACCUGGAGAUGGACCUGCGCUGCCUGGAUGCCGGUUCUGGCCCCGGCCCUGACGCCGCCUUCUCCACCUGCCUGGCCGCCUCCGUGGCUGCCGCCGGAGCCGAGCCGGUGCUGUACGCGCUCUUCACUCGUGAGGGCCGUAAUGGCGGAGGGCCCCGGGCCGGCCUCUGCUUGUUCCCGCUGAAAGAAGUUCACCAGAAGAUGGAGUUCAGCCGCAACUACUGCUACACGAACCAGCGGGAGGCCGCCCGGGACGUCUUCUAUAAGCCUUUCCACGGCGACAUUCAGUGCGGCGGCCAUGGGCAGGAGGCCAGUGAGAACUUCCCAUGCGGCUCGGAGCACCUACCCUACCCACUGGGGAGCCGGGAAGGACUCACCUCCACAUCCGUGCUGGAGCGCGGAAGCCUCAACCUGACGGCGGUGAUGGUGACCGAGGAAAACGGCCAUGCUGUGGCUUUCUUGGGCACGUCGGAUGGGCGGAUCCUCAAGGUGUACAUGGCUCCCGAUGGCAAUGCCACCCAGUAUGGCUCUAUCCUGGUGAUGAACAAACGGAUCAAGCAGGACCUGGUGCUGUCUGCGGAUGGUGCCAGCCUGUACGCCAUGAGCCAGGACAAGGUGUUCCGGCUCCCCGUGCAGGAGUGCCUGAGCUACGUCACCUGCGCUCAGUGCCACAGCUCACAGGACCCCUACUGCGGCUGGUGUGUCGCUGAUGGACGAUGCACCAGGAGGGCUGAGUGCCCGCGGGCCGCCGAGCCUGGACACUGGCUCUGGAGCCGUGAGGAGUCCUGCGUGGCCAUCACCAGAGCGCAGCCACAGAACAUGAGCAGGCGAGCUCAGGGCGAGGUGCUGCUGACCAUCAGCCCCCUUCCGGCCCUGAGUGAGGACGAUGCGCUCCUCUGCCACUUUGGGGACUCGCCGCUGCAGGCUGCCCACGUGGAGGGGGACACAGUGGCCUGCUACUCCCCAAACAGCAUUCCAGCCACACCUCCCGGCCAGGACCACGUGGACGUGAGCAUCCAGCUCCUCUUCAAGAACGGCAACGUCUUCCUCACUUCCCACCUGUACCCCUUCUACGACUGCCGGGAGGCCAUGAGCCUGGAGAAGAACCUGCCGUGCAUCUCCUGUGCCAGCAACCAGUGGACUUGCCAGUGGGACCUGCGCUACCACGAGUGCCGGGAGGCCUCCCUCAACCCUGAGGAAGGUGUCAUCCGUGCCCACAUGGAACACGACUGCCCCCAGUUUCUGGACCCCAGCCCGCUGGUCAUCCCCAUGAACCACGAGACGGACGUGACCUUCCAGGGCCAAAACCUGGACAGCAUAAAGGGCUCCUCCCUGUAUGUGGGCAGCGAGCUGCUCGGGUUCGAGGUCCCAGUGAGCAUGCAGGAGCCCGGAGUCUUCUCCUUCAGGACCCCAAAGCUGUCCUACGACACUAAUGAGACACUAGCCUUGCACCUGUACGUCAAAUCCCAUGGCAAGAACAUCGACAGCAAACUCCAAGUCACGCUCUACAACUGCUCCUUCAACCGAAGCGACUGCAGCCUGUGUCUGGCGGCGGAUCCCGCCUACCACUGUGUGUGGUGCGGCGGGCAGAACCGAUGCCUGUACGAAGCCCAGUGCAACAACGCCACCUCCGAGUGCCCGCCGCCUGUCAUCACCAGGAUCGAGCCCAAGACGGGCCCACUGGGCGGGGGCAUUCGGGUCACCAUCUUCGGGUCCAACCUGGGUGUGACGGCGGACGAUGUGCAGAGGGUGACCGUGGCCGGCCGCAGCUGUGCCUUUGAACCCGAACAUUAUUCCGUGUCUACCCGCAUUGUAUGCGUCGUCGAGGCCAUAGAAACAUCCCUCACGGGGGGCGUCGAGGUAGACGUCAAUGGGAAACUUGGCCACUCGCCGCCACACGUCCAGUUCACGUACCAACAGCCGCAGCCCCUCAGCGUGGAGCCUAAACAAGGCCCACAGGCGGGGGGCACCACACUGACCAUCACUGGCAUCGACCUGGACACGGGCUCUCAAGAGGAUGUGGACGUGGCCAUCAGAGGCAUCCCCUGCAAAGUGACACAGUUUGGGCCUGAGCUGCAGUGCGUCACCGGCCCGCAGACCACCCUGGGGGAGAUGCCCCUGGAAAUCUCCUACGGGGGCAGCCUGGUGUCCAACCCCAACGUCACCUUCACCUACCGCGAGAACCCCGUGCUGUGGGCCUUUAAGCCCCUACAGAGCUUUGUGAGUGGCGGCCGGAACAUCACUGUGACCGGGCAGGGCUUCGCCCUCAUUCAGAAGUUCGCCAUGGUGGUCUUGGUGGACCCCCUGCAAACCUGGCGGCAGCGGCGGGAGGCUGGACCCCAGCAGACCACGGUGACGGGCACAGAGUACGUGUUCUACAAUGACUCCAAGGUCGUGUUCCUGUCCCCUGCGGUGCCCGAGGAGCCCGAGGCCUACAACCUCACCGCCCUUGUCCAGAUGGAUGGGCAUCAGGCCCUGCUCCGGAGCGAGGCGGGCACCUUCGAGUAUGUGGCCGACCCUACCUUCGAGAACUUCACAGGCGGCGUCAAGAAGCAGGUCAAGAAGCUCAUCCACGCUCGGGGCACCAACCUGAACAAGGCCAUGACGCUGGAGGAGGCCGAGGCCUUCGUGGGUGCCGAACGCUGCAUCAUGAAGACGCUGACAGAGACGGACCUGUACUGCGAGCCCCCCGAGGUGCAGCCCCCGCCCAAGCGGCGGCAGAAGCGGGACACUGCCCACAACCUGCCGGAAUUCAUUGUGAAGUUUGGCUCUCGGGAGUGGGUGCUGGGCCGCGUGGAAUAUGACGCUCGGGUCAGUGACGUGCCUCUCAGCCUCAUCUUGCCUCUGGUCAUCGUGCCUAUGGUGCUGGUCAUUGCAGUGUCCGUCUAUUGCUACUGGAGAAAGAGCCAGCAGGCAGAACGCGAAUAUGAGAAAAUCAAGUCCCAGCUGGAAGGCCUGGAGGAGAGCGUGCGGGACCGCUGCAAGAAGGAGUUCACGGACCUGAUGAUCGAGAUGGAGGACCACACCAACGACGUGCACGAGGCUGGCAUCCCAGUGCUAGACUAUAAGACCUACACCGACCGCGUCUUCUUCCUGCCCUCCAAGGACGGCGACAAGGACGUGAUGAUCACGGGCAAGCUGGACAUCCCUGAGUCUCGGCGACCAGCUGUGGAGCAGGCGCUGUACCAGUUCUCCAACCUGCUCAACAGCAAGUCCUUCCUGAUCAACUUCAUUCACACCCUGGAGAACCAGCGCGAGUUCUCAGCCCGCGCCAAGGUCUACUUCGCGUCGCUGCUGACCGUGGCCCUGCACGGCAAGCUUGAGUACUACACGGACAUCAUGCGCACCCUCUUCCUCGAGCUCAUGGAGCAGUAUGUGGAGUCCAAGAACCCCAAACUGAUGCUGAGAAGGUCUGAGACGGUGGUGGAGCGGAUGCUGUCCAACUGGAUGUCUGUCUGCCUAUACCAGUACCUCAAGGACAGUGCUGGGGAGCCCCUAUACAAACUCUUCAAGGCCAUCAAGCACCAGGUAGAGAAGGGCCCAGUGGACGCCGUGCAGAAGAAAGCCAAGUACACGCUCAAUGACACGGGGCUGCUGGGGGACGAUGUGGAGUACGCGCCUCUGACAGUGAGCGUCAUCGUCCAGGACGAAGGACUCGACGCCAUCCCGGUCAAGGUCCUGAACUGUGACACCAUCUCCCAGGUCAAGGAGAAGAUCAUUGACCAGGUGUACCGCACUCAGCCCUGUUCCCGCUGGCCCAAGGUAGACAGUGUGGUUCUAGAGUGGCGUCCAGGCUCCACUGCGCAGAUCCUGUCGGACCUGGACUUAACCUCUCAACGGGAGGGCCGCUGGAGACGCAUCAACACGCUGAUGCACUACAAUGUCAGGGAUGGAGCCACCCUCAUCCUCUCCAAAGUGGGGGUCUCGCAGCAGCCUGAAGACAGCCAGCAGGACCUGCCCGGGGAGCGUCACGCCCUUCUGGAGGACGAGAACCGCGUGUGGCACCUGGUGCGGCCCACGGAUGAGGUGGACGAGGGCAAGUCCAAGCGGGGCAGCAUGAAGGAGAAGGAGCGCACCAAGGCCAUCACGGAGAUCUACCUGACGCGGCUGCUCUCCGUCAAGGGCACACUGCAGCAGUUCGUGGACAACUUCUUCCAGAGCGUGCUGGCACCGGGUCACGCUGUGCCGCCCGCCGUCAAGUACUUCUUCGAUUUCUUGGACGAGCAAGCGGAGAAGCACGACAUGCGGGACGAGGACACGAUCCACAUCUGGAAGACCAACAGUUUACCGCUGCGGUUCUGGGUGAACAUCCUCAAGAACCCGCACUUCAUCUUCGACGUGCACGUGCACGAGGUGGUGGACGCCUCCCUGUCGGUCAUCGCGCAGACCUUCAUGGACGCCUGCACGCGCACCGAGCACAAGCUGAGCAGGGACUCCCCCAGCAACAAACUUCUCUACGCCAAGGAGAUUUCCACCUACAAGAAGAUGGUGGAGGACUACUACAAAGGGGUCCGACAGAUGGUGCAGGUCAGCGACCAGGACAUGAACACGCACUUGGCAGAGAUUUCUCGGGCCCACACGGACUCCCUGAACACCCUUGUGGCUCUGCACCAGCUCUACCAGUACACACAGAAGUACUAUGACGAGAUCAUCAGUGCCCUGGAGGCGGACCCUGCGGCCCAGAAGAUGCAGCUGGCCUUCCGCCUCCACCAGAUCGCGGCUGCCCUUGAGAACAAGGUCACAGACCUCUGACCCUCACCUUGUCCCCAUGGAUGGUUGUGGACACAGUAGAGGAAUAGCCCCUGGUGGGCAGGCGUCUGAGUGUGCACCCAGCAGGGAGAACCCGUUCAAGGACUACACCAGCACCAACUCCCUCCUGCAGAACCAGCGUCCGUCCGGCGGCAGCGGCGUCUUGUCCAGUCAGUCUCCAGCGCGAGCCCCUCGUUCGCAGAUGUGCCUUAGGCGGGUCCUGGGGGCCGAAGCCCCUCCCAGCACCAGCAGCCAUCUCACAGGCCUGGGUUUGCCACUUUGUGUGUGUGUGUGUGUGUGUGUGUGUGUGUGUUGCCCACAGCCCCCCGGGGUCCGAUGGUCCGGCCUGCCCCCUCCGCGAAGGCAAGGCGGAGAAAAUGCGGUACGAAGCCUCCCCACCUCGCCUGGCCCGCCUCGCCGGGCACCGCCUCGCCGCCCCGCUCACUCCUGGCCCCGGGCCCCACCUCCAAGGUCCAGCUAGACGUCAGACGUCGAGGCCCGAGCGGCCAGACUGGGGGAGCCCCCUCCCGGCCUGUCAAACAGGCGCUCCGAGGCCCCUGCCAGGUCUGGGGAGCCUCGCACAGCUCCAGGAUCCAUCCCCGUCCGUCCGUCCGUCCGUCCCUCCCUCCCUUUUGUAAGUUUUAACGUGAAUCAAAUACAGCUGUCUUUUUCACUCUGCUA